AUGGCAUCGCCCACCUCGCAGAAGCUGGAGUGCUCCAUCUGCCUGGAGCUCUUCAGGGUGCCCGUGACUUUGCCCUGCGGGCACAGCUUCUGCAAGCGCUGCAUCAGCGACCACUGGCAGGUGCCCGCCGGGGCGGAGAGGGGCUACACGUGCCCCGAGUGCCGCAGGGCCUUCGAGCAGCCCCCGGAGCUGGAGAAGAACGUCACCCUGUGCAACGUGGUGGAGCUGGUGCGGGACGGCGAGGCGCGGGCCGCGGGCACGGAGUGGCGCGAG